CGCACGCACGCGCGUUGAGCGAUGCCCGCAACACCACGCCGGGCCGCCGCCACUUCCUCGUCACAGGGGGAAGCGGCAAGGAGAAGUCUCUCGCGGCCCCCCCCCCCCCCGCAACAUUUAUUUCAUUUUCACUCAGGCGCCACUGCCUCUCGAGAGAAGGGCGGAUACCUCACAGCAACCAGCAGCAGCCGCCGACGACGACGCUUCAGUAGCCGCAGCCGCAGCAGCAGCGGCAUAAUCGGCACCAGCGGUCUGUGCUGCUGCCUUUGAGGGGCGGAGAAGAACGGGGCGUCCCGGCCAGGUGAGCUGUCUCCAGGUCGUGCCUGUGCACAGAGGGCUCGAUUUGGAUGAAGAAUGGGCUGUGCCCAGUCCUCGCCGCAGCCCGGAUUGGACGAUGGAGAUGGCAAGAAGGACAAGGUACAGAUCAAGGCGCCGGGGGGUAUCUACGUUCGGGACCCCACGUUACGGCCGCAGAAGGAACCGUCUACUGUGGACGUCACCCUCCCAGGGAUGCGUGAGCCUCCAGCUGAGCUCGUGGUGGCCUUAUAUGACUUCGAGCAGCUGAACCCCGACGACAUGGGCUUCAAGAAAGGAGAUAAAAUGCGAAUCAUCCAGGAGCGUGGCGAGUGGUGGAUGGCGGAGCUGAUGGACGGCAGCCAGAAAGGAUACAUUCCCAGCAAUUACGUGGCCAAAGCCAACUCACUGGAGACAGAGGAGUGGUUCUUCUCGGGUGUGAGUCGCAAGGAGGGCGAGCGGUUGCUGCUGGCGCCGGGGAACAGCAUCGGCGCUUACCUGCUGCGAGACAGCGAGUCCAACAAAGGUUCGUAUUCGCUGUCUGUGCGCGACUACGACAUCACGAAUGGCGACGUGGUGCGGCAUUACAAGAUCCGGACGCUGGACAAUGGGGGAUACUUCAUCUCCGCGCGCCUCACGUUCCCAGACCUGUUUGCCCUCAUCCAGCACUACACCGCCCACUCGGAUGGGCUGUGCCAGAAGCUGCUGCGGCCGUGCGUCAGCAAGAAGCCGCAGCAGUUGUGGGAGAAGGACGCGUGGGAAAUCCCCAGGGAUUCGCUGAAGCUCUCCAAGCGGCUGGGCGCUGGCCAGUUCGGGGAGGUGUGGAUGGGCAUUUACAACAACCGCACGAAGGUGGCCAUCAAGACAAUGAAGCCGGGUAGCAUGUCACCCGAGGCGUUCCUGGACGAAGCAAACCUGAUGAAGACGCUGCAGCACCCUCGGCUCGUGCGCCUCUACGCCGUCGUCACACAGGAACCCAUCUACAUCGUCACGGAGUUCAUGGAGAAUGGAAGCCUGCUCGACUACCUGAAGAGCACAGAGGGCAGCACUUUGCCGAUGCCCAAGAUGAUUGACAUGGCUGCCCAGAUCGCCGAGGGCAUGGCGUUCAUCGAGAGGAAGAACUACAUCCACCGAGACCUCCGCGCCGCCAACAUCCUGGUCAACGAGCAACUCGCCAGCAAGAUCGCCGACUUCGGGCUGGCCCGCAUCAUCGAGGACAACGAGUACACGGCGAGAGAAGGUGCCAAGUUCCCCAUCAAGUGGACGGCGCCCGAAGCGAUAAACUACGGCUCCUUCUCCAUCAAGUCCGACGUGUGGUCCUUUGGCAUCUUGCUCACGGAGAUCAUCACCUUCGGCAGGAUCCCCUACCCAGGCAUGAGCAACUCGGACGUGAUCCGGCAGCUAGAGCGCGGCUACCGCAUGCCGUGCCCUGAGCAGGCUCCCAAGCAGCUCUACGGCGUCAUGAUGGACUGCUGGAAGGAGCGGCCCGAGGAGAGGCCCACGUUUGAGUACCUGCAGGGAGUGCUCGAAGACUUCUUCACGUCGACCGAGGGCCAGUACCAGCAGCAGGUGUAGGGCGCGGAGAGCGAGGAACGGCGCGAGCGGCCUGCGGCGCGCGCACGGCGCCCCUGCGACCUGAAUCGCGACGCACGCGCGCGGGAUCGCGAUCGCACGUCAAGUGCACUUUGUGCACGCGUGCGCACGUGUGUGUGUGUGUCUGGUCACAUUAUGCAAAUGUGCACGUACGGUAAAUGAAAUACACAUUGCACAAAUGUAGGAACACAGGUUUUUUUCUUUUUUUCUCCUGGCAUUUUACGUGCAUGCAUGUGCACACUGCACACGUGCGCGUGUAUACGCUCGUAUGAAUAGUACGCGCAUAACACAAAUGUGCCGCUUACAGGAUGCACACAAAUGCACAUGAGCACUUAGACAAAUUGUAUUCCCAGUGCACAGCUGUGGAAAUACCAUAAAUAAGUAACAUCCGUAGCAUGCGCGUUGUUAUCACCGUUUUUCAUUUUCUUUGUGUCAGCAGUUUUAAUUUGUGCUGGGUCUGUGAUUUGUUUUGAGAGCAUUCAUCUUGACAGCUGACAGCUACGACCUCGCGUUUAGAGUCUGCACAAGCGACCUGUGGUCGUGGCUUAGUGCGUUUGUGCUACAGUCACAAGACCACUUUUGCUUCAUUAAACAAUGCUCAAAUGUUAUAUUUUUGUUACAUAAAACACCAUGCCUUUUCCAACUACACAUUUGACAUAGGCGACAACGUUCUGCUCGUGGUGAGUAGCGUUGGCUUCCGCUGCAUUUGUGCUUGGGGAUCUCCGCAUAAAACGCCGCGUAUCACCGAUUGGAGCUGUGAAAGCCGUUAUCCCAGGUCAUCAAAACUCACACUGCUUUGGCAGUACUCGUAGAACGAGAUCCACUUCAUGAUAAUGUGGCUUCUUAAGAGGGCUCAUGCCAGACAAUUUAAAUGUUGAGGCAGGGCGUACGCGUACAGGGUCACACGUGGGGUGAACGAACCCCCGCUUAACGAUUCGUGUGACAUUAACCUCUCCCCGCGGGAGCAGGGUUAACUUCUGACACCAGGGUUAACUUCUGACACCAGGGUUACCUUCUGACACCGUGAAAGACGUGGCCUCGGUCUCAUGCCUUGAAAUCAAUUCAGAAGUUAUUCACUUUGCCAAAGAUUUAUAACGCUGUCAUGUUUUGUUCCAUCAACAUACACAAGACUGUUGCAAUAUAUAACACAAAUCAAAAUCGUUUGGGCUCAACCUGCUAGAGUUUGCUAACAUUGAGACCCACAGUUGGUUUUAUUAUAUGUUCCCUACAGUGGCCCACUUGCGAGUGAAGGCCUGCACCAGCUCCGUGAAAUUGUGUGUUCAUCGAGUCCAAUUUAGGGAUCCGGGUUUGUCACUGGGACCACACGCAUCCGUCACAUCACCCAGAACCGAAUCAUGACCGCACUGUACAGUAAUGGGUUUGUUACAGAGUAUUCUGCAAUGUUUUUAAUGCGAGAGCGUAAAUCGGGUUUUUUCUGAACUACGUGUGACGCUACGUAGCCGCGUCACACACACAAAAAUACCAAAAACAGGGCCUUAAUCUAAACAAAGCGCUGUAUGCUGUUUAGAAACCAAUACGCGAAUAUGGCAAAAUCAAAUUUUAAAAAGCGGACGGUGGACUUCUCCACUGUGGGCGUUUUUGACACGGGUCCGCGUUUUGUCAAAUCGCAUUGGUUACGUUUAACUUUGCUUCACGCGUUCACGUCCACUGCGGUGAAGCCGCUACGAUUUAAAUGAAAUUUUAUUUCAACACGUUUUUGGGAAGGGACGGGAGGGGGCGCUUCUCCUAAAAUCACAUUAAACUAAAGAAAAUAGCUCUCGGGUUUUUUGUUUUAAUAGUUGAUGCACGAGAGGGUUAAUAUUGGUAAGCGUCAUAACCAAGCAAAACGUUCGGCGUUCGUGUGUUUUUUGGCACCUGACAUCACAAUGGAUUGUCUUGCUCCCGUUUGUCUCUGGGGUGGUACUGGCUGUAGUGGCUUUGGCAUUUAUUCUUACGGUGAGUGGGUGAGUGUUCCGCAUUGUUGCCGGUGAGCAGCAGCUGUUAGCAUUGUUUGAACAAAGCAAACAACAACUAAGACAGGAAGUCGGGCGUGGCCCGUCGUUCGCAAAGGUUGCCACUUCGUGGAGGUUGGGGUCUGCUCCCAUGACCUCUGCUUUUCGUGAUGUCUUUUAUUUUCAUUCUGGCGACCUUAGUUCGAUUCCCGACCACGGCUAUCAUGAUCGGCGAGUAAUAUCUGAACAGGUUUCUGCUCCAGCUCAUCGCCAUGCUUCACCAACCUGCACUGACCAGGAUGGUGAAGUAUGGUCACAUCAGCAGGCGGGGGGGGGGGAUAAGCCUUUGAUCCAGCAGUGGAAUGAAAAAAGGCCUGCAAAUAAAUUGUUCGUUAACAUGUAAGUUUGAUCGACUAAUUGUUAGGACAUUAGCUUAAUAACUCCUGCCAUGAUUUUCCCAGUUGUGACCGACAAGAUUUAAAUUGAAUGGUACACAGGCACUCCCCACACCACACCUGGCCCCACGUGAAAAAGCUGAAAAUUGCGUUGGCCGGUUCACUGGGAAAACGUGGAACACCAUCGCACCGAUUUCAUGGCCACGCGCCGGGGUCAUGGACGCGGCGAGAAACUUUUCCACUGCGCGCCACUGCCCUCAUCACCCCCCGCAGCCGUGCGUGGCUGCUUGGCGAGAGUAGGCGGCAUAAUAAACAUGUGCGUGUUGGCCUUCGGUGUGUAAACAUCGCCACCGGGGAGACAACGGCGGCGGUCGGGCGCGUGGUGCUGGCCACCCACCCCCUCGUGUGCUGUGCCGACCUUCAUAGGGGCUCGCUAACAGCGCUCGCCCCAACAGCCUGUUAUUACGGCUAUGCGUGGGAUCUUUGUUGUCUUUGUGUGUAAAUGAAUGUGUGUGUGGUGAUAGUUGUGGGAGCGGUGGCGCAGUGGUUAGCGUGCCUCGCCACGAGCCCGUCGACCCGAGAUCGAUUCCCGCUCACGGCCAACACCAGUGACGAUUAUCUGAACAGGUUUCUGGGCUUCUCCUAGGUUGACUCAGCCUCAAAUGAGUACCUGGUGCGUCGUGGUGCUAUCUACCCAUCCCUUUUGUGUCGGGGUGGGUGGUUUGCACAGGGGCUCGCUAACAGCACUUGCCCCAACAGCAUGUUUGUCUUCGUGUGUGAUAGUGGGUAAAAUGUGCGUGCGAGGGUGUUGUACAGGCAAGUUGAUCAGUGGUGAUGUUUUCAGGAAGCAGCAUGGUUGGCCUCGUUCUGCUGAUAAGAGGACAUGGGUUUAUCUGGGUUCCCCAUUCUCCUGCACUGUACAGUACUUCGCUUUUUCUCUCUUCAAAGUUCCUUUAAAACGUAAAUUUAUAACUAUCGGUGACCCGAAUGUGCCAACACGCAACAGAAUAUAAUGCAUUGAAUUAAACUUUUUUUUCAUUCCAGAAACAUGUAAUCAUCUUUUUUUACUGGAAGCUUUUUAAAAGGGAAUUAAUAACACAAUUAGGCACAUAGUCAACGUAUACAUUUAAGCUACUCGAUUUAACAUUUUUACGAAACAUUUUAAGAAAAAUCCAGGUUUGUAGCUGAAAUAUGUACGAUUCAAUGUUGAGCCGCAAGCCUUGAACAGAACAUAAAAUGUAGGAAUAACUUGUUUAGGUUCCUGCUGUUGUGCUGCCUGCCUCUCAGUGAUGUGCUGUUUUGGCUUUGAUGCCCGACGUUCCGCGCCAGGGAGCUUGCGAAGCUUUUUCAAGAGGUGUUUCUAUUCACACCAAAAAUGUCGUCAUGUCAUUUUACGGGUCACCCAGUCUUUGAGGUUUGUCGUUCUUAUACAUCUCGAGUCGAUGGUGUUCCUCUCGUUGCUGUGGGUCAUCGGGUGGCCAUGUGGAGCGAAGCGUCAAACAAAUGCCGACCGGCACGCGGAGACACAACCCAAGAGCCUACCGGAGAGAUUCCAUCGUAUUUGUUGGAGGGAGAGGAAGGCUGACGGUGACGAAUUGAGUAAUCGUCGACGGUGCAGCAGAUUAUUUUCACUCCCAGUUCUCUUAAGAAGAACUGAGGUCCCCAAGUGGUACCGAAUUGUCAAGUGCUUAACGUCACGGGCUGACACUGGGUUUCUUGUAUUUGAUAAAGCUGCCAUUAAUGUGAAAGAGCUUCCUUUUGCGAUUCAGCGAAGAACGAUAUAUACGGCUUCUGUUUUGGUUAUUUAAACGACGUAAUGUUGUUCAGAGUUAUAUUUUAUAUAUCGUGACCCAUUCCCUAGCUUGCUUUGUAAGUUUGUUUUGUUAAGCGUUGGAUACGAUUUAAAAAAACAACCCGCUUUGACAUUCUAACACAGCAAGUUUCCCUUGCCGCCUUUUCAAACACGCUCGUGUUCAAAUAUAUUUUCCAUCUAACGUGUGAUUGUAAAGUAAUAAUGAUAAUAAGUUAUAGCCAUCUUUGUUAAUCAGCUCUAAAAUCCAGGAGAGAGUGAGGUGACCAGACACUUGAAUCUUGUGGCGCCCACUUCAUAUGGCUGUCGGCAAGAGGGCUAUAGUGCAACAGAACGGCUUGUUGUACUGCACUAUGAUCCACGCCUUCACCAACCCACACUGGCCAUUGGUGACAUUCAUUAUUGCCAAAUAACCUCUAUGACCCGCACGGAGGAGUUGGGGGAAGCCUUUCAUUCAGCAGUGGAAUGACAAAAGGGGCUUUCUCUAUAUUCCCACGUACGUCACACGAAGCCCAAUUGAUUCCAGGGCAAACCAUGAUUUCCAGCCUUCGGUGAGCUCAGCAGCACCCUGGCAGUAUCUCCACACGCCACAAUCAGUCACUCCACACUCGUCACCUGGAUUCUAGUGCCAGCCUUAAAGACAGCUUCACUGUGUUAGGAUACGCUGAAGAUUUUUGUUUUCUGGAAAAAAAAAACUUCCUAAUAAAGUGUAAGAGCCGAUCAACUAACUCCAGC